GCCGACCUAUUGAAACGCACACUCGGCUUCGUCUCCCUCUGCCAAUGUCGGUUAACAAUUUCCCCUAUUUAUUCCAAUUCAUCGUCACCCCUUCCUCAUUUCUUCACCACCAAUUAAUCUUUAUCAAUCAAUGGCGGCUAAUGCCCUCGCUACCGUCUUCUCUAUCCUCAUUCUAUCACUUACACCCGUGUUUCCGGCGACGUUUACAUUCGUAAACCAGUGCGGCCACACCGUUUGGCCGGGGUUACUAUCAAACGCCGGCACCCCCCAGCUCCCGACAACCGGAUUCCCCCUCAACUCCGGCGACUCGCUCCCCGUCCCCGUCCCGCCCUCCUGGUCCGGCCGCAUGUGGGGACGCACCCUCUGCUCGCUCGACCCCGACACCGGUAGAUUCGCCUGCCUCACGGGCGACUGCGGCUCCGGCGCCAUCGAGUGCGCCGGGGGCGGGGCGGCACCGCCAGCUACCCUCGCUGAAUUCACGCUCGACGGCGCGGGCGGCCUCGACUUCUACGACGUCAGCCUCGUCGACGGCUACAACCUCCCCAUGCUCGUGGCCCCCCGCGGCGGCAGCGGCGGGAACUGCACCAUCACGGGGUGCGCGGCGGACCUCAACGCCGCCUGCCCCGCGGAGCAGAAGGCCGCGGGCGGCGGGGCGUGCAGGAGCGCGUGCGAGGCCUUCGGGGACCCUAAAUACUGCUGCAGCGGCGAGUACGCCACGCCGGAUACUUGCAGGCCCAGCGUGUACUCGGAGGCGUUCAAGAGCGCGUGCCCACGCGCCUACAGCUACGCUUACGAUGACGGUACCAGCACCUUCACGUGUGCUUCAGCCGAUUACGUCGUCACCUUUUGCCCUACUCCCUCUACCAGUGAGAAAGCAAGUGAGGAGGUAAGCAGCAGCGCGCUGUUGGUAUCAAAUGGUGGUGAUUUGAGGCAUAAGCCAAUCCAUUAUUGUCGGAUUCUUGCCAUUUUCGUUGCAGCAGCUAUGUUUGCAGUUAUGGCGGUUUAAUUGAUCGGCCCGACCCGCUAGAGAUGGAGAUAUUUGGGUGGGUCAGCCCGUGCAACGUGAAUCGGUCGAGUAAAACCGACCCGCCGUCUUAUUGGACGGUGAUGUGACUCGAGGCGCGAGAUUUUUUUUGCUGGAAUUUAUGAACGAUGGAAGGCACAAUUUAACAUGCAAAAAAGAUUAGAUAUUAUGAUGCCUGAGUGUUAAUUCUCGAAUUUUAUUGGAUAAUUCUUUUUAUUUGAUGGAAUUAGUCUCUCUUGUAUUAAUAAUAAACGCGCGAUUGAAGCAUUUUGUUUUGUUUUCAAUGAAAACGCAAAUGUAUGUUUCUGGUUA